CUGGACAGAGCGCUCACUCUGCUCUCAUCUGUCAUUGGAGCAGAACAAGGAUGAGUAGAAACGCUGUUUCUAGACUCUGAGAAGGUUCCUUGGAUUUCAGCUGGAUUUCCUGCUUGUUCUAAACCCAAAGCGGUUUUCUAAGUUGGAGCGGCUCCUGAAGGACGAUGCCAGAGGAGAAAGUCUUUCAGCAGCAGGCCGCCCACUCCGGUCUGCAGCAGCAGAAGGUGAAGCAGGAAGGAGGCGGACCCGUUCCUUGCCAGAACUGUGGGAAACCCUGCAAGGGAGAAGCUCUGCGCGUCCAGAACAAACACUUCCACCUGAAAUGUUUCGUCUGCAAACUCUGCGGCUGUGACUUGGCCCAGGGGGGCUUCUUUGUGCGGCAGGGUGAGUACAUCUGUACUCGGGACUACCAGGACCUGUACGGGACUCGCUGCUUCAGCUGCCAGGACUUCAUUGAGGGGGAGGUGGUGUCAGCGUUAGGAAAGACCUACCAUCCUCGCUGCUUCGUCUGCGCCUCAUGCAGACAGCCGUUCCCAGCUGGUGACAGGGUGACCUUCAAUGGGAAGGAGUGUAUCUGCCAGAAGUGCAGCCAGCCGCUGCCUGCUAACAGUCCGGCCCCCAUCCAGGCGGUCCACAACUGCUGCGGCUGCGGGAAGGAGUUCAGGAAUGAACAGUCUCUGGUUGCUCUGGACAAGCACUGGCAUCUGGGCUGCUUCAAGUGCAAAGUCUGCAACAAGGUUCUGAAUGCUGAGUACAUCAGCAAGGAUGGGAUCCCCUACUGCGAGAUGGAUUACCACGCCAUGUUUGGAAUCCAGUGUGAGAGCUGUAAGAAGUAUAUCACUGGGAAAGUACUGGAGGCUGGAGAGAAGCACUACCAUCCUUCCUGCGCGCGCUGCGCCCGCUGCGAGCAGAUGUUUGGAGAAGGAGAAGAAAUGUAUCUGCAGGGAUCGUCGAUCUGGCAUCCGCCGUGCAGACAGGCAGCCAAGCAGGAGGAGAAGACCAAGAAGCAGGUCCGGAUACAGCUCAUUGAUCAGCAGGUAACUCGGACCUCCUCUGAGAGCAUCACUUCAGUUCCUGCAUCCAGUGCUUCUGGCUCGCCCAGCAGAGUCAUCUAUGCCAAACUGGGAGAGGAGAUGCUGGACUACAAGGACCUGGCAGCUCUUCCAAAGACCAAGGCUAUCUACAACAUCGACAGGCCUGACAUGCUGUCCUACUCCCCUUAUGUCAGCUACCCGUCUGAGGAGAGGCAUUACGGAGAGGGUGACGGGGAGAAGUCCCCCCGCCAGCGGAGGCCCUCCAGCCCCAGCUCCAACAGCUCUGUGGGGGGCUACGGACGCUACACGCCGUCGCGUUCCCCUCAGAACUUCAGCAGAGCAGGACCAGAGGUGGACAUGGCUGGUAAAACCAGCAGCCUUCCUCCACCCAAACCCCACCUGGGUGGAGCAAAGAGCCCCUCCCCCUUAGCCAGGGCCACCGCCUCCCUCCCUAAGCACUACCCUGGGGGGACUAAAGGGGGCGCUGGGGCUGUAGGCCUUGGCAAGUACUCUCCCACACCAGCAGGAGGCAGCGCAGGCUUGUCUCUACAGCUGAACCCCACAACCCUGGCAAUGCUUCAGCAGCACAACUAUGUGCCCUACUUCCAAGGCAGUGAAAGCGGCCGCAGCACCCCCAGCUUAUCCACUUACUCUGAUGGAAAAUCCCCGUCAUCUACUUCUACGUACGUGGCUGCUCCUCGCCAUUUCCACAUACCAGAGACUAUGGUCAAAGAUAAUAUCUAUAGAAAGCCCCCCAUCUACAGACAGCAUGCUUCUAGAACAUCCUGGCAGGAUGGGGAGGAUAGCAAGAGAACCAGCUGGAUGAUGUUGAAGAGUGAGAUGGACGGUCCGAUGGCUGAAGACCUGGAUCCCUGUAAAUCCACCUGCAGCCUCCCCACUAACGUGUCUCAGCCAAAUUUCCCCUACAGUAAGUCUGCUUCGCUGCCCGGCUAUGGAAGGAACGGCAUCUACAAGAGACAUUUGUCGCCGGAUGAGUUCCAGCAGGUGUUUGGAAUGACGCUGGAGCAGUUUGACCGGCUGGCUCUGUGGAAGAAGAAUGACAUGAAGAAGAAGGCUCGUCUGUUUUAG